UCUAUUUUAAUGAGCCCUUUAACGCCUAAAUCAAAAAAGAUCAAAUUCGAUUUAUAUAAAGAUAUAAAAAUGGUCACCCACGUUGCAGAGUCUUCGUCCUCAUGCAUUACCGAUACCCGCGAAACGACACAACCCUCCACUAAGAUUCCUAUUGCGAUCAUCAUUCCUCCAGAAAUUUUUAUUAAGAUAUGCGAACAUUUGUCACCUUCAGACCUCUUAUCGUUGACAGGUGUCUGUAAAAGGUUUCGGGGCUUUUUAUGUUCUCCAGAAUCCUCAAUCACACAAGAUAUCUGGCGUACUUCAAGAAUUAACUUCUUACCCGGCCUUCCGUUAUCACCCCCAGAGGGAAUGUAUGAAGAAGAAUAUAUUAGAUUUGGAAAAUUGUUGACGAGAUGUCAGUAUUGUUCAUCACAAAAAACGGUUAAGGUUUAUUGGCAAUUUAAAGUGAGAUGCUGUCAAGAUUGCUUACAAAAAAAUACUACUGCAAUUCCUUUUAGUAAGGAUCUUAAUUGGAUGACUGACAGUGUCCAAAGUGGAUUA